AUGGGUGUCAAAGGACUCAAUCAAUUAAUAAAGGAGCAUGCUCCAGAUGCAUUUAAAGAAUUUCAAUUGAAAAAUUUAUUUGGUAGAAAGAUUGCCAUUGAUGCUUCCAUGUGCUUAUAUCAAUUCUUAAUUGCUGUCAGACAAGCCGAAGGUCAACAAUUGACUAAUGAUGAGGGAGAAACCACCUCCCAUUUACUGGGUAUGUUCUACCGUACAAUUCGUUUAGUUGAAAAUAGUAUCAAGCCUGUAUAUGUUUUUGAUGGAAAACCACCAGUUUUAAAAGGUGGUGAAUUGGAAAAAAGAUUGCUUAGAAGAGAAGAGGCUAUUAAACAAAGAGAUAACAUAAAAGACGAAGGUACGGUUGAGGAUAUGGUAAGAUACGAGAAAAGGACGGUUAGAGUUACAAGAGAACAAAAUGACGAGGCUAAAAAGUUAUUAGAUUUAAUGGGAGUGCCUUACGUUAAUGCACCUUGCGAAGCUGAAGCACAAUGUGCAGAAUUGGCUAGAGGUGGAAAAGUGUUUGCAGCUGCAUCAGAAGAUAUGGAUACUUUAUGUUACCAACCUCCUUUCUUGUUGAGACAUUUGACCUUUUCAGAAGCUAGAAAAAUGCCAAUUGAUCAGAUUCAAUACGAUAAGGUUUUAGAAGCCUUAGAGAUGGACAAAGAAACAUUCAUUGAUUUGUGUAUCUUAUUGGGUUGUGAUUACUGUGAAACAAUUAGAGGGGUUGGACCAGUGACAGCAUUUAAAUUAAUUAAAGAGCAUGGCUCGCUAGACAAAAUAGUCGAAUACUUGACGAAUAACCCUGACAAGACCAAUUUCAAGCUUCCUGAGAAUUGGCCCUAUGACGAAGCUAGGCAAUUGUUUAUUAAGCCAGAUACAAUCGAUGCCAGCGAAGUUAAUCUAAAGUGGAGAGAACCAGAUGUUGAUGGACUCAUUCAGUAUAUGGUUAAGGAAAAAGGCUUUAGUGAGGAUAGAAUAAGAAGCGGAGCGGAAAAAUUAAAGAAAGGGUUGAAAGGUGGCGUUCAAGGUAGAUUGGAUGGAUUUUUCCAAUCUGUCCCCAAACCCAAAGAUUCAGCAGACAAAAAGAGGAAGAAUGAUACUAAAUCUUCUAAAUCAAAGAAGGCAAAAACCAAAAAGUAA